AUGUAUCUGCUGCAACAUCAAUAUCUUAUACUUAUUAUUCUUCUUAUUAUUAUUCAAACAACUGCAGCGUUUUGGUGGUCUCUUGGUUUACCUUCGUUUCAAUCAUGGUCAUCGACACAAAAAAACCAAGAACCAUUUUGUUCUUCGUUAACAUUUUUAACUGCUGAUCAACGUUACUAUUGUCAAACAAAUCCAAAGAUAUUCUCUAUUAUAAGUCGUUCAUUGCGACAAGCUAUUGAAGAAUGUCAAUAUCAAUUUCGUAAUCAACGUUGGAAUUGUUCAAUAUUUAAUCAAUCUGAUGUUUUUGGAAAACUCGUUUUACGAAAAACACCAGAAACAGCUUUCAUCUAUGCGCUCACAUCGGCUUCGGUUAUGCAUAGUAUUGCAAAAGCUUGUGCAAAAGGUGAACUAACCGAAUGUGGUUGUGAUAAAAGUCAACAACCAUCGUUUUCACCAUCAGCAUCAUUAAUGCGUACACGAGCUAUGUUAAAAUAUCCGAUAAGCUCAACACCAUCAAUGAGUAUUUCAUUAUUUGCAUCUACACCUAUGCCACAAACAAAUGACGGUUUCGAAUGGGGUGGUUGUUCAGAUGAUUUGAAAUUUGGUCGAAAUGUUAGUGUAUCGUUUAUUGACGAACAAGAAUCGUAUAUGAGUCGACGUCGUAUUGUACGUUUAGUGAAUUUACAUAAUAACGAAGCUGGUAGACAGGCUGUUGAACGAAACGUUCAGUUGACGUGUAAAUGUCACGGUGUUAGUGGUUCAUGUACGUUACGUGUUUGUUGGCGAACACUACCCGAUUUUCGCCUUAUUGGCUCAGAAUUACGUACGAAAUAUGCAAGUGCAACACAAGUACGACUUAAUCGUCGAUUGAGUUUGCUUAAACCGCGUAAAACUUCAAUGAAGUUAUUUAAUACGACGGAUCUUAUUUAUAUUCAUAAUUCGCCAUCGUUUUGCGAGAAAAACCUUCGUCUCGGCUCACUAGGCACUCAAGGACGUGAAUGCAAUCUAACUAUGAAUGAACCUGGUUCUUGUUCAGUAUUAUGUUGCGAUCGUGGUUAUGAAACCAUCAUACGUACAAUUGAAGAAGAUUGUGAGUGCCAAUUUCAUUGGUGUUGCGAAGUACGUUGUAAGAGAUGCAUUAAACGAGUUGAAAAACAUUACUGUAAAUGA